AAUGCCUUAAAAACUUUUCCAAGUCACUGCUGUGGUGACCCCCAAAGGUGAGCAACAACAUCAACAAAACAAAUGUCACUUCUGUUCUGACUUGCAGGGAUCUUAUUUUGAAAAUCCCCACAGGAAGCCCUCACUCAGUCCGGCUUGUCUAUCUUUCUGCUCGCUCCUUCUGUCAGCGCAGCAUCUUGUGUUCCUCCGCGGUGACAAACAGAACCUGGACGUGUGCGGGAGCAGCACAGUGGGUCCGAAGAAACCCGUCACGCACGGCAGCCGGGAUGGCGUCUCUCGGCGUCGGGCAGCAUCCUGUCCGCAAACUGGGAGGAAGCAGGAGCGCCGCGGUGGAGAGGAGGAACCUGCUGACGGUGUGCAGAUUUUCCGUGAAGACCUUGCUGGAUCGCUCCUGUUUCGAAACAAUAGAUGACUCGUCUCCAGAGUUCAUUAACUUUGUUUCCAUCCUGGAGCACAUCCUCAGUCAUCGACUUAAAGGUCAGACAACGUGGUUUGGCUACGAGAGUCCACGAAGUUUCUGGGAUUACAUAAAAGCUGCCUCCAGUAAAGUACCCCAUAAUUGCAUUCGAAGCAUAGAGAACAUGGAAAAUGUGCGGCCGUCAAGAGCAAAGGGUCGGGCAUGGAUCAGAGUGGUCCUGAUGGAGAAGCGACUGUCAGAGUACAUCUCUUUUGCCCUGAGAGACCUCAAAACCACCAGGAGGUUUUAUGAGGAGGGAGCCAUCAUGCUGGGAGAGGAGGCCGGGCUGUUGGCAGACACUCUGAUUGGGCUCAACACCAUCGAUUUCAGCUUCUGUCUGAAAGGGGAGGGUCUAGACGGCUGCUGCCCCGCCGUGAUCGACUACACGCCAUACCUGAAGUUCAGACAGAAGGCAGACAGCAUCAGCAGCGAUGAGGAGGAGAUGAGGACUCUGGGUAGCAGCGGCAGUGAAAGCAGCACCCCUGACAAAACGGCGACGGCGGCGUCCAUCUUCACCGAGCAGAGCAACUUGGUCAGCAAGUGCAAGCGCUUUGAGCAGAAGUACCGCAUGGCUCUGGAGCAGAAGGACUACCUGGAAGAUCUGGUCCGUUUACGGGAAGCCCAGCUGUCGGAGGCCGUGUCUCACAACAAGACACUCCAGCAGGGCCUGACAGACACGCAUCUCUCACACACGCUGGAGAAGGAACAGCUGGAGUUCAUCAUACUGGAGCUGCAGGACCAACUGACUGUGCUAAAGAACCACGACUUGAGGUCCAGACAAGAGUUAACCACCCAUCUAACCAAUCAGUGGCCAUCUCCUGAUGCCUUGGAUACCAAUGCUGUUGCCUUGGAUACGCUGCUGUACAAAAAGAGUCCAGGACAGUGGGAAGAGAAUAGCUUCCAGACUCUAGAGCAGCUGUCUGCUGGCAUGAGCCUCUCUCAGCCUUCUCUCAGACCGUCUCACACUCUGGCUCUGGAGGCCAGGUCAGCCAGCGCACAGUGGCUGCAUCAAGGUAAGGAGGAAACGCCAUCCCUGAGAGGCCUGUGUGGCUCCCUAACUUCAGUCACCAGCUACAAGUCUCUGGCCAGCUUGAAGUCUAACGAGUGUUUGGCCAGCCCUGCGACAGAGAUCAGCACUCCAGACAUCACUCCUUCGUAAGGAAGGAAAAUGCUACAAGCUGCUCCUCAGCAGGGACUUUAUCCAUGUCUGCAAUGCCUGUUUCCCCUUUUCUGUUUAAACCACGUGGGUAACUUUUUUUAUGUAUUUGUUAAUUCUAUUUUUUAAUUUUUGCAUUUUUUGGUUAAUUGCUUCUACCCAGAAUGAACAAAAAUAUUGUCAAAUUAACUUGAAAAGCUCAGAUUUUUUUUUCUUGUUCUCCGGGAUUAAGGAUGUAUCCCAGCUGGGAAUUUAGUGUAGCAUGUUUUUGACCAAAUAAUGUUUUACUAGAGUGCAACGGAGAUAAAACAAUGGGGAAAUUUUAAAUGUAACGUCAUCAUCAUGUGUGUAAGUUAUUUCAAACGACGUCCCGUCUUGAACCUGAAAAGAGGAAAACUCUAGUGUUUCAUUUUAUUUUUUUAAAAACCUUUAAAAACUGUUCCAGCAAUCACACCGAAAACAUGAUGUUCUGGAUUCAGAAACUUUCAUCAGUGUUAUUUAUUCUGUUUUUGCUUGUUUUGGUUCUCAGGUAAAAUUCUGCUCACUGUUCUGUUAAUUUAAAAAAAAAUGCAGUAUUUCGCUCAAAUGAUUUUUACCUAAAAUCUGUUUAUUCUAAGACUCUGCAAUAAGUUAUCAUUCCGAUCAGUUUGUGGUGACACACACAGCAGUCUCAGUUUGCACAGACACAGAUGUUUUCUCUGAUCUUUAAUGUUCUUUUAAAGCUUUAUUUUAAAUAAACUUUACUUGGUUUGA